AUGAGAGGUUAUUUAAGACAAACCUGCUGGAGCGUUUAGAUGAAGUACAGAUCUCAAGAUGUUUCUGUUAUUGUUUGGAGUCAUUUCAAUCGUGCAUUCAUCACCUGUCCGAGUAUGUGUACCGGAUUCCCUAGCAGGCCCCUGCGCCCUGAUGGCCCGGGAUCUUCCAGAGACCUUCGCUUGUGUUAUUGCGCCAGACAUGUUAAACUGUGUGAAGAAGAUACGAGACGGAGAGGCUGAUAUCACAAAUGCUGAUCCAUCGGCCCUUUACUUAGGAGGAAAGUUCUUCAACCUUCGACCGCUGACAACAGAACUCGUAGAUGGACAACCUUUCAGGUACCAAGGAAUAGCUUUGGUAUCCAAAAACUCGGAUAUUCAGUCUGCUAGAGAUUUACAAGGUAGACCGUCUUGUCACACUGGUCUUCGACGGACAGUCGGUUGGCAGAUACCUGUCGGAAAGCUCUUAUCGAAAAAUGUCAUGCGACCUGAUUGCGAAGAAGGGGAACUAGGUGCAGUUCAAAAAUUCUUUAAUGGAAGCUGCUUGCCUGGCAAAUGGUCAACUGAUCCUAUCCUAGAUUCAAGUUUAAGUAAGUUUAAUAUUUAUUAAUAUAGUUAGAGGUCC